AUGGACACUGACACAUUAGACACCUUGGGCUUGGCUCCCAUCGAAGCCCACCUCAAGGCGAUCCGCAGCGCCAACUCGACAGUCGAAGCCAUCUUUCGCGGGGCAACCAUCUCCAAGGCCACCGGCGUACUGCUGUUCAUGAAACUGGUCUUGGCGACCAACCGCAACGUCUUGAGUGCCGUUGACACGGGACUGCCGUUCGACCAAGUAUAUUUCCACGAACCAUUGUGGGCCAGGGUUGAAAAGCCGUACCGCAAAUACCUUACCACGAUCUUCAAGCUGGCCGGCCACACCGAGGUGGAGACGGCCAUUGACGUCGUGAUUGCGUUUGAACGCUUCUAUGCCGGGGUAGAGCUGCCCAAGCGUAGGCUCCAAGCGGCCGUGACGCCCACCCGGUUGUCGCUCAGCGACGCUAACGCAUCGUACCCAUUGGGACUAGGUCUCCAUUUGCAAGGGUUUGGGUUCGACGUCCACAAAGGGUGCAACACGACCACGGUCCUGCUGGAGAACCCCAAUUUCUUCGACUUCUUAGAAAAAAUGCUCAGCAGCUUACCCGUCGACGACCUCAAGACGAUCAUCGAGUACAAAGUGCUCGACUUCAACGCGCAGUACUUGUCAACACCGUUUGUGACAGCUCGUUCGGACUUCUAUAGCCUGGUGAGUUUUGUCCAAAAAGAAUCCCCACGGGCCACGAUCUGCCGCGAUCAGGUAAAGACGUCCAUGGGCGAUCUGCUGGGCACGUACUACCUCAAGGAAGUGUGGACGGACGAAAUCGCCGCGCGCGCCGACUCGCUCGUGCUGAAGCUGAAAGCGGCCUUCAAGACCGGACUGGACAGUGCGGGGUGGCUCGAUGACACAACUCGGGCCAACGCGACGACCAAGUUGUCCAAGCUCACCAGCCUCUUGGGGGGGCCUAAGAACCCCAAGACGUACCCCACCUUGACGUUUGACCCCAAGGCGUACAUUGCCAACCUGAACAAGGUGUCUGCGUUCGACAUUGCGUUUGACCUAGCUCAGAUCGACACUGUCUAUGACAAGGACAUUUGGAAUACUCCUGCGCACAACGCGAAUGCGUGGUACCAGCGGCCCCCGCUCUUCGAUGCCAAGGUGGACCCGUCCGCGAACUAUGCCGGCACUGGCGUUGCUAUCGGCCACGAAAUUACACACGGCUUCGACAACGUUGGCAGAUACUUUGACGGCGACGGCAAAGUUAAUCCGUUGUGGUCGGCUACCGUGAUGAAAACGUUCGACGAAAAAGCCAAGUGCUUCGUCGAGCAGUAUGGUUCCAUGGACAUCAAGAGCGAGCUCACGGGUGAAUUGUUCGGCAAGGUGGACGGCAAAUUGACCUUGAUCGAGAACAUCGCCGACAAUGGGGGCAUCAACACUGCGUACCGGGCGUACCGGGACUACGUGCACGCUGUGUCUGAAGCCACCGAGUACACCAAGGAAACAGGAGAAAAGUUGUUUUGGAUCAGGUACGGCCAAUGUUGGUGCGAAAAGAACAGCGACAAGUACCUCCAGUUUCAUCUCACCGACCCACACCCCCCUCGUCGCCACCGCUUGAUCAGGACAGUUCAAAACUCGGUCGAUUUUGCCAAGGCGUUCAACUGUCCUGUGGACUCGCCCAUGAACCCGACCAAGAAGUGUGUAACUUAUUGUGCAGAAUAG